AUGCUGACUUUUAUCCAGCUGAUCAUGUUACUUUUCUUAAUGAUCAUUAGCUCCAGUUACACAGAAAGACUUUUCCAUAAUCGGGAUCAUUCUGAUAUGCAGAUGAUCAAUCCUCACCAAGCGGCAAUCAUAACAGAUGAAUACGGUUUCAUCAAAUCAGUUAACUGGAAGGAGAUCCAUUUGGAGGAUUCAGACACAUCUUUCAGUGAUGACUUCCUGGAUGACCUUCAAGCCAUGAUCCAGGAGGGAACCUCAGUGCCUCAUGCAAGGGUUUCUUCUCAAAGUGGUGAUGAAGAUGGCCAGGACAGUCAAACUGAGAAUCGAGAAUUUAUUUCAGCUCUGAAAGAGUUUCAAAGGGUGUCAGGUCUACCUGUUACAGGAGUGUUUGAUGAGGCCACCAAGGAAGCAAUGAACAAACCAAGAUGUGGAGUCCCUGACCAGGAGAUAGACCUGAACACUCACGUAGUACCUGAGAACAGUGGUGGCUUAGAUAUUGAAAACAGUCCGAGAGACAGUUUUAAUGAGACUGACAGCAACAACACAGAAAACAAUAUAAUCAGUGGCUCUGCUAAUUCCUCUGAAAAUGGCAUGUUCAAUUUUAAUGAGACAGAAAAUGCUCUCAUGGGCAUUUCAAAUGACACAAGUAUGAAUAUUACAACAGAUGUCUUAAAUAUUACUUCUCUAAACAGCUCACGUGACAUCGGUCUGGGUAAUGAAAGUGUAAACACAUAUCAGAGUGAAACAGUGAGGCGCAGAAAGCGUCACCUUGCCAUUCUUGUGUCCAAAAGCAGACAUAAGAGAGAUUUAAGUGAAACUGGUCAUAUGGCCUUUUCUAAGACUGUCUUGAAGUGGAGGCUAAUUGGUGAAGGUUACAGCAGCCAGUUGACUAUUGAAGAACAAAGAUAUAUCUUCAGGUUGGCCUUCAGGAUGUGGAGUGAGGUGUCACCACUGGAAUUUGUAGAGGAUACAAGGUCACCUUUGGAGGAUGUUGACAUCAAGCUGGGCUUUGGUACAGGAAGACAUCUGGGAUGUAACCAAAGAUUUGAUGGCACUGGUCAAGAAUUUGCCCAUGCCUGGUUCCUUGGUGAUAUACAUUUUGAUGAUGAUGAGCAUUUCACUGCUCCCAAUACUGGCAGUGGGAUAAGUCUGUUAAAAGUUGCAGUUCAUGAGAUUGGUCAUGUUUUGGGUUUACCCCACAUCUACAGACCGGGAUCUAUAAUGCAGCCAAGCUAUCUGCCCCAUGAGUCGGGCUUUGAGAUGGACUGGAUGGACAGAAAAGCUAUACAGCAUCUCUAUGGUGACUGUAAAGGUCGGUUCAACACAGUGUUUGACUGGAUCAGAAAAGAGAAAACACCAAGUGGGAAGGUGGUCAUCCGUUUCAACACAUAUUUUAUGAGAGAUGGCUGGUACUGGCUUUAUGAGAACAGAAAUAAUAGAACACGUUAUGGUGAUCCAGUUGCACUACAGAUUGGGUGGCAUGGGAUUCCCAUGGAUGGAGUGGACGCAUAUGCACAUGUGUGGUCCAGAAAAAGAGAUGCUGUUUACUUCUUCAAAGGUACUCAGUUCUGGAGGUAUGACAAUGAGAAUGAUCGCAUGCUCAAACAAGACUCUGAAGGUCAUCAGUACCCCAGAUUAAUCUCGGAAGGUUUCCCAGGGGUGCCUGGCCCCAUUGACACAGCCUUUUUUGACAGGAGGGAUUCCCACAUCUACUUCUUCAAAAACUCUCAUGUGUAUGCAUUCAGUGUGGAAGCCAACAGCUUGGCAAGAGGCUUCCCCAAAAACAUCAGAGAUGUUUUCCCUCCAGUGGAGAGUGGAGACCAUCCAGAUGGCAACAUUGAUGCUGCCUACUUCUCCUACACCCACAAUGCUAUCUUUCUACUCAAGGGCACACGUUUUUGGCAAGUGGUGGGGAGCCGCGACCGGUGGCGCCAGCCUUUUCUGCCACGAAAUGGCCUAUUGCCACACAAAGAGGUGGAUCAGCAAUGGUUUGACAUCUGUGAUGUUCAUCCAACUGCACUCAAACUAACCCGCUGACGGUCUACAGAUGUAGCCUACUGAUUUACCUGUAGGUAUAUUUGCUAGCAUAUGUUUGCAGACAUCAAUUAUCCUUUUUUUUCCUUCUUCUUUUCUUCGAUGUUAACUGUGUAAUAAUCUAAAAGACAAAAAUAACUUUGUUGGCUAAUUUAAUUUAUUUUUAUGUUUUUAAUGAAG